UGGGGGGGGCGGUUCUUAGAAUGGCUGUGCCUAGCAACACAGACAAACACUUGAGGCACUAGCAUGCAGUACGAACUCUGCCAUCUGCUUUGUGGACGUUAAUGUGGCGACUGUGUAUGCUGUGUUUUCGCUGGCAGUGUUUGUGCAGCACUUCAGUCCAUUAACUCUCAACACAGUCUGGCUGUAAACCACCUCCCCCAUGACAGUGCAAAGAACAACAGACCUUCCAUCACAGUGGGUGUGAGGGUGAGGCAGGCUACUUGGUAACUCAUUCAGGUUUAUCAGUUACCCCAGGAGCAGCAGGUUUUCCUGGCACCUUGCUGAUCACUUGGUCUGACCACUUGCUCUGGCUGUUCUUAUCCCAGUACACCUUUUAGAUGGUGUAGUGCAACUCAUUGGAUCACAGAUGUUUCACGUGGCUGCGGACCAUUAAGCUUUGGUGUCACACUUAGAACCUCAGGUGAUCAAGUGGUGUCCUACUUGAGAAAACAAAUUGGCUCUGGAAGUGGGCGGGUUGUGUCUCUGCUCUGCUGAGCUGAUGUGUUUAAUCAUCAAUUUACUUGGUGCCUCUCAUCUUAAGUGAUCAGUGUCUGAAACCUCUGCUCCUUUGUCCACUUUAGACGCCAUCAUGGACACCAACUCUACCUCUGUUUUCUCUGUUACUAUUCAGAAGUUCAGUGUAGCAGACAUUGUGGUUAUUGUGGCUUAUUUUGUGCUGAAUGUCGCUGUAGGGAUAUGGUCCUCCUGCAGGGUCAGCCGCAACACUCUGAGUGGCUACUUUUUGGCUGGCAGGGACAUGCAGUGGUGGCCGAUUGGUGCGUCACUAUUCGCCAGCAGUGAAGGAUCAGGACUUUUCAUCGGCCUGGCAGGCACAGGGGCUGCAGGAGGAAUUGCCGUUGCAGGUUUUGAAUGGAAUGCCACCUAUGUGUUGCUGCUGCUGGCCUGGGUCUUCAUUCCAGUGUACAUAUCCUCAGGGAUUGUCACCAUGCCAGAAUAUCUGGGACGGCGUUUUGGAGGUGAGCGGAUCCGCACGUAUCUGUCGGCUUUGUCUCUGCUGCUGUCCAUCUUUACAAAGAUUUCGACUGAUCUCUAUUCUGGGGCCUUGUUUGUGCAAGUCUGCCUGGGGUGGAAUCUCUAUGUGUCCACUGUUCUCAUGCUGGUGGUGACCGCUCUCUACACCAUAGCAGGAGGCCUGGCCGCUGUCAUCUACACGGACACUCUGCAGACAUUUAUCAUGAUUAUUGGGGCCAUUGUUCUCACCAUCACAGCCUUCAGCAAGAUUGGGGGCUACCAGAACCUUGAGGACCGCUACCUGAGAGCAAUCCCCUCCAAGAUCAUCCCCAACACAACAUGUCACCUCCCACGAGCGGAUGCCAUGCACCUUUUCCGAGACCCUGUGACUGGCGACCUUCCCUGGCCUGGCAUGACAUUUGGACUGACCAUCCUAGCCACUUGGUAUUGGUGUACUGACCAGGUCAUAGUUCAACGGUCACUGUCUGCUAAAAAUCUGAGCCAUGCAAAAGGGGGCUCCAUCCUGGCAAGCUACCUCAAGAUGCUGCCAAUGCUCAUCAUCAUCCUGCCAGGAAUGAUCAGCCGCGCACUGUACCCAGACUCUGUUGCAUGUGUGGAUCCCAUGGAAUGUUUCCAAGUCUGCGGCUCAGAAGUGGGUUGCUCCAACAUUGCUUAUCCAAAACUGGUCAUUGAGCUGAUGCCCAGUGGUCUACGAGGGCUGAUGAUUGCCGUCAUGAUGGCUGCCUUGAUGUCGUCUCUUACUUCAAUCUUCAACAGCAGCAGCACCCUUUUCACCAUGGACAUCUGGAAGAAGUUCCGUAGGCGGGCCAGCGAGCGUGAGCUGCUUCUGGUGGGGAGAAUUGUCACAGUCAUUCUUGUGGUGGUCAGUGUUGUCUGGAUUCCAAUUUUGCAAAACGCCAACAGCGGGCAGCUCUAUGUUUACAUUCAGUCAGUGACGAGUUAUCUGGCUCCACCGGUGACAGCUGUCUUCAUGCUUGCAGUGUUUUGGAAGAGGAGUAAUGAAGCGGGAGCGUUUUGGGGUCUCAUGGUUGGCCUGGCAGUUGGACUGACAAGGAUGAUCAUGGAAUUCAUUUACCCACCACCCCGCUGUGGUGUCUUCGAUCCCAGGCCAUCGGUCUUAAAGAAUGUCCACUAUCUGCAUUUUGCUAUCAUUCUUUGUGCUCUGACGGCUAUUGUGAUCGUGGUGGUCAGUCUGCUGACAGAACCACCCACUGCAGUACAGAUCCGGAGCCUGACCUGGUGGACUCUGUCACGAGAGCAAGUGACUCCUGGAAUGAACAUGCAGAAGGUAUCUGCAUCAGUGUCACCUCCAAGUGAGAGAGCGACAGCUGUGGACUCAGAGGCUCAAAAGCCCCGCUCCUGGAUGGCAGUGAUCUGUGGGACCCACCGUAAGGAGGAGAGCCAAAUACAGCCACCACGCCUUGACACCUAUGAGAGUCCCUUCUGGUCCCGGUUCUGCUGCAUCAAUGCCAUUAUCCUCAUGUGCAUUAAUGUUUUCUUCUAUGCAUACUUUGCUUAAAGCUUUUCUGUCCACUGGCCUUGGUGCAACAAUAAGGUGAGGCACACACCUGGGAACCAGGUACCCUGCAGUUGGUACAGCCAGCAGGAAUGGGCCAAAGCAUCAAACUGCUAGUAGAGAUCCCACAUGCCCAUCCUGCUUUCUGUGGCAUCACUGCAGGGCCUGCCUCACUGUGGACAUUGGCAUCGGCUGGACUUGUGGGUUGCCUGAAGUAGUCCAGCCAGGCUUGGAAUGAGAUGAAAA